GGUGUAGUACUGUGGCUCGCCGUCGUCCAGAUCAACAAGCCCUAUAUUUUGGAAGCAGUUUGAUAAACACUUACGGUUCUUUGGCCGAUGUCAGUCGCUUUCAGCGUUUCCAGCGAGCCGUAUCACGCGUAUAGCAGCACUAAAAUAGCCACCGGCCAUACAGCCCCGAGCCGACAAGGUUGGGUGACAACGUUCGGUUGAACUUUAAGACAAUCGGUUUUUUUUUUCUUUACCAUUGCACGUCCAGGCUCGUCUGUGACAACCGAGCGAGCCGACUCUUUGCUUUCGACUGGCUCGAGAUUUCACACUAAACAAUCGCACCGGGAGCAACUGUUCAUCUUUAUUCUGGCAGUUGGUCACGAGGGCUAACAUUAGCCAACUUGUUUUUUUUUUUUUUACCUUUUCUUCCCUCGAACAGAACGGUGCUAGACUUAAUUAUACAUGUGCACAUGAAGCAAAGCUUCGGUUCGCUUCCACCACCACCACCAUCAACAACACCUACGAAGAACUACCUAUAAAAGAUAACAGGCUUUACUCAAUUUGCAAUACAAAAAAAAAAAAACGAAGCAACCACAGCUGUCGGAGGAGUGUACGCGCCAGAGCUUGUGCCAAACCAUUCGAGGAGACGAAACCCGCUCGGCUCUGCAAACUGCCCGCUGCUGUCACUUUUUACUUUUUUAAUUUUUUACAUUUUUUGAAAAGAGCCUCCGUCCGACCCGCUCGCAGGAGCCUGCCCUUCGAACGGCGCCCCUCUCGCCCCGGCUGACAGCGCGUCUAGCCGCCUGCGCGUCGGCACCCCGAGAGCCAGGCUGCGCGCGGCCGCGGGAUCCCUCGUCGGAGCGUUACAUUGCCGCUGUUAUUGUUGAAAAUGGCGGCGAUCGGAAUGGUACAGAUGUUGAUCGAAGCAGCCGAGUACCUCGAACGCAGGGAACGAGAGGCGGAACACGGCUAUGCCUCCAUGCCGCCCUUCAUCAGCAGUCGAGAGACGGAAAGCUUGAAAAGGAAAAGCAAAAGCAAGAAAAAUACAAGUAGCAGGUCUACACAUAAUGAAAUGGAAAAGAACAGACGGGCACAUCUACGGCUGUGUUUGGAGCGACUGAAAUCCCUCGUUCCCUUGGGGCCAGAUGCGAACAGGCACACCACCCUCAGCCUGCUGAUGAAGGCCAGAGAUCACAUCAAGAGGUUGGAGGAGGGCGAUAGGAAAGCACAGCACACCUUGGAGCAGCUACAGCGGGAGCGGAGACACCUGAGGAGGCGUCUUGAGCAACUGGGGGUGGAGAGGACCCGCACGGACAGUACCGGCUCCACCCUGUCCUCCGACAGGUCCGACUCUGACCAGGAAGACCUGGAUGUGGAUGUGGAGGGCACGGACUACCUGCUGGGUGAUCUGGAGUGGAGCACCAGCAGUGUGAGCGACUCGGGGGACGAGCGAGGCAGCCUGCGCAGCAGCUGUAGCGACGAGGGCUACUCCAGCGCCAGCCUGCUGCGCCUGCAGGACACUCAGGAGAGGGCCAAGCAGCUGGGCUGCAGCCUAUAAACAGCACUGGUCACUGACCCAGCACCCACCUCUUCCCCUCAGCCAAUCCCGUCCCAAGAUGUUCUCACUAUUCCCCUUGGACCCGCUCAGACCUCAACCACCCGCUUUCCUCCCGACCUGCCUCCCUCUCCACCAGGAUUGACUCAAGUCCGAGGCUUCUCCUUCAACCAGGCGUCUCUGGACUUCCUGUUCCCAUGGAGGCUUCCAUAGGGACUGCAACUCCCCCCACUAAAACACAUGACUAGUCCAUCAUCAACGGUCAAUCUUUAGGGUGUCCCUCACUCUGCUCUGCACCAAUCAAAUGAGUGGGAUUUUAAAGACACUCCACCCCCCCCCUCCGUUCCCUCCUGUCCGUCAGAACCACAGCUUUCAGCCAGAGAAUGUUACCACACAAUAUCCCACUGCCUCUUUUUCAAUGCCGCAAGAGCCAUAGGAAGAACUUCAUGAGAUUUCACACUUACUUUUCACACACACAUACACACACACACACACACACACGCAUACAUGAACACACACACAAACUCCCCUCUAUCCCUCUUAGUGUUCAAGUGAAGCAGAGUCCUCCCCAAGUUGUGACACUGACAUGAGGCGGGGCUUUUUUCCCCUGCCCUGCUCACCAGUCAACCAUCCGUGCAUGGUAAUUUGCACUUACAAUUGCUUUUGUAAACAAAACUGUCAUCUUUUUCAAACACUGUCUCUGAAAAACUUAAAGGCCCCCACUGCAGCUGCUGCAGUAAUGCUAUCCUGAGUGAGUGUUUGAAACAUGUCAGUUGUCUGCCCGUGCUGUGUGGCGCCGCAGACUUUGUGGACACUAAAUGAAAGUGUCGGGGCCGACAGCAAUACGCCCCUUAGUACCCAGGUUUUUGCGGGCAAUCGGGUAACUGCCCUGUAAUUUUACGUCCGAGUCUGCAGCUCAUAGGAGGAAGUAACACAAAAAACAAACAAAAAAAUAUUGUGCAGCAUGAGAUUGUGAAGGGCUGGGGUAUAUGGGAGGGUUUUAGGGGGUGGGUUUGAUGUUUUCUGCCUCUCUCUGAUGACUGUGGCGUUUUUACAGCAUCCUUUUACCAUAUGUGUGUCUGUCACAUUUGAGGAUGGCGACGACAGGGGUCCCUGGCAGGUUUGGAAAAAGUAAAAAAAAAAAGAAACUAAAACACCAGGCUGAAUGCUGUUAUAUUUUUGGCUAGUGCUGGUACAUUUUUGUACACUUUUUCUUCACUCUGUUCACCAGGUAUUUGAGGGAAGGGAAGGACCCAUCUACGGAGAGCAGUCGAGAGACUGGUGCACAUUCCACUAUGUAGACAAGACAGACAUGUGAGACUGAGCAUUAUAUUUUUCGCGAGGGUAUUUUCCUGCGAAUGACUUAGAAAAGGGGCGUUUGGUUUGAGACAUGGCGAGUCACCCAACAGAACGAUGGGCUUUGACUUUUCAGUGGCAACGCGCUGAGAAAGCUUGCCUCUUUCUUUGUGUUUACAUCCGAAGAGCACCAAAAUGUUAAAACCACAGAUUUUCUCUCCUUCGCUUUGCCUUGAUAGCUAUUUAUUGUUUCUGCAAAAAAAAGUACUCAUUUUAAUGUAAAUAGUUUACAGAAAGAUCUCUAUGUCUAUCAACAAAUGUAUUUAUUAGAUAUACUAAAUAUAUAGAUUAAUAUAUAGAUAUAUUUAAUUAGUCAUAGCCUAUGUUCUUCUCGUGAGGUUUAUUGAGAGUUUCCCUGUGUGUAGUUUGUUUGCACAGCCUAGUCAAUCUAUAGAAAAUUUAGAAAUGUCUCUUGUGCCUCGAGGCUUUUGUGUCUGCUCAGAAUCCGGCACAGUGGUCCUAGGAAAUGAAAUGUUUUCCUUGUGGUUGGUUCUAAUUUGUAGCUGUGUUCAAAGCCAUCUUGCCCUUUAAAAGAGGGAUAAUGGGACAACAACAAAAAAAAUCUGUAUGAAUUAUAUAACUAGAUGUGAAUUUAAAAAAAGUGUAAAAGUGAGAGGAGCUGGUGGCCAGGUUGAGGGCAGCGAGGAUUCCUCUGGCAAAAUAGUUUUUGCCCAUCUCCAUGCCUACUGUGGGAGCCUCAAACAAAAUGGCUGAGAUUUGAUUUGAUUUUGAUUUGUUUGGCUCAGAAUGAUCACUGGUGGGAGGAGGAUCGAAACUUUUUGCCGCCAAAGGAAACGGCCACUUGUAAAUCUCCGUUAAAGCAUGAAGAUGGUACAUCCCCCCAAAAAAAGAGAAAAGAAAAUCUGAAAAAUAGAUAUAUGCGAUUGUUUAGUCUUUUGAGUGUGCAACGCUGCUUUUUCCCUUAUUCUUUUUCUUUUUGAAUCAAAACCUUUUCAAACGGAGAGGGAAUGUGUAGCCGCGCUAUAACGGGAAAAUGUAUCGACAAGUAGGUGUGAGUGGGCAGAUGUGUUCGGGUGAGAUGCCAUCUGUCAGCGCGUGCAUGUGUGCACAGUAAGCGUGAUUGUGCGUGGUUUUAUUUCGUCACUGUCUUCAGAGAGAAAUAUUUUUGGGUGGUAGAGGGUGGGUGGUUUAAAAAAAAAAAAAAAAGAGAAAGAAUUGUACGGCAACGUUUCUGUUCAGGUUUUCUGUUCAGUUGUUUACUAGAAAAAUGCAAAAAAAAAAAAAAAAAAAAAAAGUCCACUUGACAAAGACCCCAGCAUUACUGUCUGUCUAUGGGAGUCUCAUAUUUUUUUUCUUCCUUUUUUCCAUCCAUGGCCUGUUGCCUGUCUUCCGCCAAAUCUACCCGUGUAGAAGAAGCGUGCGCAUUUCCUAAUGUGCGAGCAUAUCACUCCCUCCUCCACAUGCUGACUCGGCCUCCAUGGUGCAAGUGAGGCGGGUGCUCUCAGCAUCUGCCUUAAGAAGCAGGCGUGGGAUCUCCCAAAGAACAAGACUACAGUCAGACCAGUUGUUUAAGCUACAGGUUUCAGCAUCAGGGGAAACUCAUGUUCAUGUGCAUAUUUGUUUUUUCACCACAUUUUGUCCCCGCAUACAAAGUGGCUAAUAAUGCCUUAAAGCAGACAAAUGUACGACCUUAUACGCAUGAGACGUAAGAGUGUGUAAGAUAUAUAUAUCGGCGUGUAUCACCAAGGUCAUCUCUCUUUUCCGUUGUGAUGGUCUCGGACGUGGUGCUCUCAUACAUUACACAGUUUACGCACACAAACACACAGACGACACCUGCGUCGUCGUAGCGCAACGCCCCGGCGCCUGCCACCUUUCUCCUCAGAAAAGUCAAAUGUCUGGUUGUUGAACAAUUACUUAAAAGUGGACGUUUUGUGCACUUACUUUCUUAGGAUUUGGAGAAUUUGGACACAGUCUUCUAUGGAAAUCACUUCAAAUGUGUGUGUGUGUGUGGGGGGGGGGGAAUACUUUGAAAAUCAAUCGUGGAGCAGCAAUUUAUAUUUGCCAGUGAUAUUAGAGGAAUAAAAGAUUUGAAACCCUUGUUUACCUACCUA